AUGGCGUUCCGGGGUGUCCACACCUCCAGCCUGCCGGCCGUGUACUCCGAUUCCAUGGGCGCGACCUACUCCAAGACCUUCAAGCCAUCUCGUGACUCGUCAUCGGGCGUCUCAUGGCGCGUGCUCACACUCCUGCUCCUGGGCGUAGGGGCCACGGUGUACACCCUGCGCUCCUCCAGCAGCAGCGAGGCCGCUCGCGUGGCGCGGCAGGCGGCCUACGACAAGCUCUACCCCGGCUCCACCCGGUACGGCGCCAGGGGAUCCAUGGAGGAGCCGGGCACCGCCCACGCCCCCGUGCGCAAGUGGUCCCAGAGGGGUGUGCGGAGGGUGCUGGAGUCGGAGGGUGCCGUCCAGGCGGAGGCCGCCGCGGCCACCGUCCGGCCCCCCGCCUCCGGCUUCGACCCGGAGCGGCACCAGCAGUACCUGGACCUACCCCCCCUGCCCGCCUUCCCGCCCUCCGAGUACAUGGGCGGCUGGGCGCUGACCCAGGAUGUCUACGACUGCGCGGCGCGCCACCCCGCCGCCACGGUGCUCAGCUUCGACAGCCCGCGCCUAGUCCUCUUUAAGUCCUUCCUGUCCCCCGGCGAGGUGGACCACUUGGUGGACAUCAGCAAGGACCACAUGGCCCGCAGCGAGGUGCUACACGCCGACGGCGACGGCUCCGUCAGCGACAUCCGCACCUCAUACGGCCACUGGCCCACCCCCACGCCCACGACGCACAACAUCACGGACCGGAUCCACCGCCUGGUGGGCAUCCCGGAGAAGUUUGGCGAGGACCUGUACGUCCUGCGCUACCUCCUGGGCCAGCAGUAUGAGGCGCACAACGACCACUGCAUGGACAACCUGUCACGCUCCAGGAAGGCAGACCCCGCCUGCCGCGAUUUUCUAAAGAGGGCGCGGGGUCCCGAGUGCGGGCCCGGCCACGGCGGCGAGACCUGCGGGGACCGGAUGGCGACCUUCAUCCUCGUCCUCAAGCAUCCGUCCAAGGGCGGCCACACAGUGUUUCCAGAGGCCACCAUCACCCAGGCAUCUGUCAAGAACCAUGGCCAUGCAGCAGACGACUCCUGGUACUGCAAGGACUCUGGGGUCCUGGGUGCCGCCCCCGAGGCAGGGGACGCCCUGCUCUUCUGGGACUACCGGCCGGGCGGCGGCUCUGGGCAGGGGUCGUACGAGGACGGCACUGCAGACCCAUCCGCCACGCCCGUGUAUGAGGCGCUGCACAGCGGCUGCCCGGUGCUGGAGGGGGAGAAGUGGAUCGUGACACGGUGGAUACGUGGCGCAGGCUUCGACUACGUCCCGCCCAACACGGCUUGA